AUGAGUGGAGAUAGAUGUUUUGCGUCCGUUUGUAUCCUAGCAGUGUGUCUUCUCGUCAAUGUCUGUCUGUCAUCCGCGUUCAACCUGACGGUGUUGCACACAAAUGAUAUACAUGCACGUUAUGAGGAAACCAAUAAGUACAGUGGAAGUUGUUCUGAUAACAAUUGUUACGGAGGACUUGGCCGUCUGAAGACAAAGAUUGAGGAGUUCCGAGCUGCUGUACCUAAUACAAUCUUACUGGAUGGAGGAGAUAUGUAUCAAGGUACCAUCUGGUUCAACCAAUUUGGCGGAGCACUCAGCGGCUUCUUUGCAAACUUUCUAGGCUAUGAUGCUAUGGCCCUCGGUAACCAUGAGUUUGACCGGGGUAUCUCUGGUCUUAUCCCCUUCUUGGACAACACAACAUUUCCUGUCCUUAGUAGUAACAUAGAGGACUCUAUGGAACCCUCCAUUCAGGGAAAGUAUGCUAAAUCCACUGUGCUGUCUGUCGGCGGGAAACAAAUCGGGGUCAUUGGGUACACUACCAAGGACACAACAAUUAUUUCCAAUCCAGGGUCAUUGACCUUCAAUGAUGAAAUCACGUCAGUAAGGGCAGAGGUGACACGUCUCCAAGGUCAAGGUAUUAACAUCAUCAUCGCUGUUGGACACGCUGGAUACGUAGUGGACAAACAGAUGGCGACAGAAGUGGACGGACUGGACAUCAUAGUAGGAGGUCACAGCAACACUUUUCUGUAUACGGGUGACGCCCCUUCUAACGAAUUUCCUGUAGCUGCCUACCCUACCGUAAUAACACAGACGAAUGGAAACACCGUGCUGGUCGUUCAAGAUUACGCCUACGGCAAAUACCUUGGUGUUCUUAACGUCACUUUCGAUGACCAAGGACAGAUAACUCAGUAUGCAGGGAAUCCGGUUCUUCUGGAUUCAAGUGUGCCUAAAGACCCUGCAGCCAAAGUCCUACUUGACAUAUAUAGGCCUGAAAUCAUCGCCUUCCAAAAUAAGGUAGCUGGUCGUUCAUUGGUUAGAAUGGAGGGAGACAGACUGGUGUGCAGACGACAAGAGUGUAACAUGGGAAACAUGAUUGCGGAUGCCAUGGUUUAUCAAAAUCUCCGACACGCCGACUCAUUAGCGACGUCCAGGAUCUUCAUUGCGCUUGUUAAUUCCGGUUCCAUUCGCUCGUCCUUCGACCAAGGUAACAUCACGUUUGCCAAUAUCAUCGAAGUUCAACCAUUCAGGAACACUUUGGAGACAAUUCGCCUUCAGGGGCGCCAUUUGCGCGCAGCUUUAGAGAACAGUGUGAGCCGCUGGAACACAGUUGAUCCAUCCGGUCGCUUCCUCCAGGUUUCAGGUCUUCGAGUAACAUAUGACCUCAAGAAGGAAGUCGGAAGGCGGGUGGUGGAUGUUCAUGCCCUGUGUUCGGACUGUACAAUACCAGAAUACCUUCCGCUUGACGACACAAAAAUGUACAGAAUUAUCUUAUCUAACUUCAUUGUACAAGGAGGGGACGGAUAUGACGUCAUCAGGGACAACGCAGAACAGGAGCACAUUUCUGGUGACCUUGAUUCAGACGUAAUGACGGAGUAUAUCCAGGAAAUUUCGCCACUUUAUCACGGACUAGAGGGGAGGAUUAAGUUCAUAAACGGAACUGAAAUUGAGCAGUGUGUCGGGGCGGGAAUUGCCACUCGUUCAGCAAGCUUGCUUACAUUGAUCACCGUAGUUAUUUUGCAAAGCGUAUUGACAAGAUGA